AAAAGAAACGACUGCAGAGCAUAGACUGGUUCUUCCUAUUCUUCUAUUCGUUUGAAAAGAGUUGAUUUCCACUUCAAUUAAGCAGAGCCUUCUUCCUGAAAACAGCCCAAUGGUUCUUGAUUAUAGCACAUAUCGUGCCACCCUUUUCAUGGCCAGUCUCCUCAUCCUUUCUUCAAAGCAUCUGAUUAGCGGUCAACCUCCUCAAACUUUUAUUACCAAUUCCUCCAUUUCCUGGAUCAAUAGCCCCUCCCUUGUAGUGAAUUCCACAGACGGAGCCCACGUGAAACCCAUCCUUCUCAGAGAAGGCAAUGAGACUCUGUUUGUCUGUGGUUUCUUAUGUGAUUACAAUGGCACUGCUUGCGUUUUUGGUAUCCUUUUAUUCCCAAAUUUCUAUAAUUCUUAUUUGGAUAAUCCGAGAUUAGUAUGGUCAGCAAAUCGGAACAAUCCAGUUAGAGUAGAUGCAACCUUACAACUUAGGAAAGAUGGAGGCGUGUUCCUAAUGGACUCAAAUGGCACUUUGAUCUGGAAUACAAGCACAAGUGGUAAGAUUGUUUCAGGCUUCAACUUGACAGAGAUGGGAAAUCUUGUCCUCUUUGACAAAAGUAACGACACCAUUUGGCAAUCUUUUGAUCAUCCGACAGACUCUUUGGUUCCAGGACAAAUAAUGGCCCCUGGACAGAAACUGAUAUCCAGCAUAUCAGCAACAGACUGGAAUGAAGGUAUGUUCACACUUGAUGUUAAAAGCUCUGGCCUUUUUGCUUACAUUGAGUCAAAUCCACGCCAACUCUAUAUCACAAAAUUUGCUGCGGAUGAACCUUUCCAAUUUCCUGGAGUAAGCUUCACUUUGCAUAUGAGUAAUUCCGAAAGGAAGUUUACU